CCAGCAACCCACAGUUCCCACCCGUCUUUCUUCCCAUUUCCACCUCCAGCCUAUAAUUCCCCCAACUUCACUGCCAUUUCAUCCCCCCCCACCCACAGAUCUCGCUUCUCUUUCUCUCUGUAGAUUCAUUUCCAGCAUUUUCUGUUCUUUCCCCCUCUUGAAAUUCUUCCAAUUCUUUUCAUCCUCUUUGAUCGGCGAGCGUUGCUUCCAUGGCGAUUUCUAGAGAGUUGGCGGGUCAAAAAUGGGUGUUGUUGACCACUGCACAAACGCCCACAAACAUUGCGGUGAUUAAGUAUUGGGGAAAGAGGGACGAGGACUUAAUUUUGCCUGUCAAUGAUAGCAUUAGUGUUACGCUUGAUCCGAGUCAUCUCUGUACUAUUACCACCGUUGCUGUUAGUCCUAACUUUGAGAAGGAUCGGAUGUGGCUCAAUCGCAAGGAGAUAUCCCUUUCUGGAGCCAGGUACCAAAAUUGUUUGAGGGAAAUACGGAGUCGAGCUAAUGAUGUUGAGGAUAAAGAAAAGGGGAUUAAGAUAGAAAAAAAAGACUGGGAGAAGUUGCAUGUAUAUAUUGAUUCAUACAAUAAUUUCCCAACUGCUGCCGGCCUGGCUUCCUCUGCUGCCGGUCUUGCUUGUCUCGUCUUUGCUUUGGCAAAUUUAAUGAACGUCAAGGAAGAUCACAGCCAGUUAUCUGCUAUUGCAAGGCAAGGUUCAGGAAGUGCAUGUCGUAGUUUAUACGGUGGAUUUGUGAAGUGGUGCAUGGGAAAAGAAAAGGAUGGAAGUGAUAGUCUUGCAGUUCAACUUGCGGAUGAGAAGCACUGGGAUGAUCUUGUAAUUAUCAUUGCUGUGGUAAGUUCGCGACAAAAGGAAACAAGUAGUACAUCAGGAAUGCGGGAAACUGUAGAAACAAGUUUGCUUUUACAACAUAGAGCUAAGGAAAUUGUACCAAAACGUGUGUUAGCGAUGGAAGAAGCUAUCAAAAAUCGUGAUUUUGUAUCCUUUGCAAAACUCACAUGCAACGAUAGUAACCAAUUUCAUGCAGUCUGUCUCGAUACUUCUCCCCCAAUAUUUUACAUGAAUGAUACAUCCCACAGGAUAAUUAGUCUUGUAGAGAAAUGGAACCGUGCUGAAGGAGAACCUCAGGUGGCAUAUACUUUCGAUGCCGGGCCGAACUCGGUUCUGAUUGCACGUAACAGAAAAGCUGCUGUAUCUUUGCUUCAGAGGUUGCUUUUCCAAUUCCCUCCAAACCCAGAAACAGAAUUAAACAGUUAUGUUCUUGGGGACAAGACAAUUCUUCAAGAUGCUGGGAUUAAUAGUGUUGAGGAUAUUGAAUCCCUGCCACAACCUCCAGAAUUUAACAGUUCAUCUCAGAAAUUCCAGGGAGAUGUCAGUUACUUCAUCUGUACCAGACCGGGAAAAGGGCCAGUUGUUCUCCCCGAGAGUGAUUCUCUACUUGACCCGAAAACCGGGCUCCCUAAGAACCUCUAGAGAAUUUUAUUAGUCCUGUGCAUUAUUUUACUGAAGGUGUGACUCUGAGAGUUCAGGUUAGACGAUCAAUCAACUGAAUAUUGAGCCAUUUUUCUGGAAAUAUGCAGUUCUAAGGUAGACUUCUGUUUGUUGUUCUGUUUAAUUCAGUCAGUGUUUUUGUUCAAUAGCACACAAAAGAAUAAUUUCAGUGUUCCUUGUUCUUGGCCUCAAGAUCAUCAAUUCUGGGAACCUGUUAAUGGUCAACUUCCAAAAAUUGUAUGAACAAGUUAUUUAUUCAUUGUCCAACAAAUUCAGUGUCUUUAAGUAUUGUAUUAGGCUUCGUUUGUGUAGAGUAAAGUCAUGACAAAAUAAGUGAAUUGAGAAUGAGUUUUCCCUUUUUUCAUUGUAUGCAUCAUAUUAGUUGAUAUCUACAGAAGCUAUGAGCAAAUCCAAUUUUUUU